GUUAAGGCGGCGGCGGGAAAAAUACGGCCGCGAGCAAGGGCGCUUUGGAGCGGAUCAAGGGGUGCCUGGCUUCUUCAGCAGGCAGCGCGGCUUCUGUGCUUUUUCCCGCCCCUUCGCGAGGGGAAUUGCAAUUCUGACCGUUCAUUCUUUUUCACAGUCUUCUUGUGCCUGUGACGCCCAAGCGUUUCAUGCCUAAGAAAAAGACCGUAGACUCGCUGGAACGUUUGUGUUUGGAGUAUGUGGCUGACACUAUGGAGGACAUCUGGGCCAGGGCUUACACAGACAGCUACCUGGAUGACGGUCGUUCUCCUGAUGCCCUGGGACCUUUCAUUGUGCUGCCUGACCUCCUUCUGCAGGAACUCUUCCAGUUAGUGAAAAACAAGGAGCCCUUGACCUCGGCUGUUUUGCGCUUGUUCCUUGUACCGCAGCUGAAGAAGUUGGACUUGAGUUCUUGCACACAUCAGGUCAGCGAGUCCUUUGCCCAGACCAUCGCAGCGCGCUGCAAGAAACUGUCCACACUAGAUCUCUACAGAUGCAACGAGGUCCCUGCCGAGACUCUGAUCCACCUGGUGAAAGAGUUGCCAUCCAUCGUAAAACUAGGCCUCUCGGAAACCCAGUGCAACACCCAAGUUCUGGUGGCCAUACGCUCCUGCUGCUCACAGCUUCGUGACUUGGACAUCUCGGGCUGCGCUAACCUGUCUCUCGAUUCUGUCCUUCAUCUGGUCUAUGACCCCGCCGGGGGCUCCUUGUGCUGCCAGUCCUUGCAGGUCCUCGAGGCUGGUCCCUCGAGCUUGGCCGUUAACAUGGAAGACUGCGUUUGGAUCCUCGUCUUUGUGCUGCUGGCUUUGCCCAAACUGGAGCUGUUGUUUCACUUCUUUGUGGCUGAGGCGGUGUGCCUGAUCCACAGCCAGCAGUUCGGCAGCAGCCAGAUUCUCCCUGGCUUUCCCUCCCUGGAGAAGCUGGCGUGGUGGCGCAGGACGUUGGACCUCCCGCGUGAGGAGAGCGCCAGGCUCACCCUGCGCCUCAGGGAAGUGCAGCAUAUUGAAGAGCCCUCCCUGCCUCUAGUCUGCGCUGUGUGCCCCCACUUGGAGGAAGUCUCUGUGAUCCUAAGAGGGAGGCCUGGAUGGAGCCAAAGUUUUUCCUCCUGCGGCUCCAUCUCUCGGCUGAGCCUCUAUGCUAGGGAGUGCGAGGACUUGAGGGCGCUCCUGCCUGUGCUGGAAAGCCUGGGCCCCCAGCUUCGAUCCCUCUACAUCAGUGGCUUCUGCUUUAUAGACCGGUUCUCGUUCCACGUUCUGCUGAGGCACUGUGUGAAUCUGCAGAAACUGUCCAUUUACUUCUGCUCUCCCUUGGUGUACAGUCAUGGGGAGGGGCAGCCAGACUUCGCAGCCUUGGACUGGGACUUCAGACUCCCUCCCCUUCAGUUCCCUUGGCUUCAUGAGUUUUCCCUGACCUAUGCAGACACGGAGAACCCCUUGCCUUUUCCCCACGUCCUGUUGCUGGAGCAUAGCCUUCAGUGGCUGCUCACCCACUCCCCGUACCUCGACAGCCUGAAUUUGUCCCACUUGCCCUUUGACCUGGACCAGCUCUUCUACAAUGUCCUGGUGCCACCCAGCACGGCCCUGCUGCACCUCAGCAGGGUGACGCUGGAGGAGGUCUACGCCUCCCUGACCUCCGUGCACUUGCUGUUGAUUUCGCAGAACGAGCUGAGCUACCUCAAGCUGCUCUUGUGCUCGGAGAUCCACCAGAUGGAAUAUGAAAGGAUUCUUGACCGGGUCGACGCGGAGGGCUUUGAUCUGGAAGUUGAGUGGGGCUGAAAAGUUCCCCCUGGACCCCCCCACCCCACUCCCACCCCACCCCAACCUUGGAAUGACAGAUCCGCGUGUGCCAGGGUUUCAAGAGGAUGGCACUUGGUUUUUAAUAAAGUCUGUUUUUU